UUUUCUCAUUAAAUACACAAAGCCUCUUUGUAAAUCAUUACUCUCUAUCUCGUAAAAUCUCUGUGAUCUAUAGAUCUUCUCUCCAGCCUAGUAAUGGAUCUUUACCUUCUCCUUGUGAUAAUUGCUACGCUUUUGUGUAGUAGAAUCUUUUCUUUUGUAUAUGCAAAGCUCAGAGUCCAAGAAAACAAAAUAAUCGCUUAUUCUCCUUCUUCAUCAUCUCCACCAUCUCGCCAGUCGUCUUUGCCUCGUAACUGGACACACGAUGUCUUCCCUAGCUUCCAUGGAGCAGAUGUCCGUAAAUCCUUUCUCAGUCAUCUUCUCAAGGAGUGUAGGAGCAAAGGAAUAAACCUGUUCAUAGAUAACGAGAUCACUAGAGGAGAGUUUAUCGGCCCUGAGCUCAAGAAGGCAAUCCAAGGAUCAAGAAUUGCGAUUGUGUUGCUCUCAAAAAGAUACGCUUCUUCCUCUUGGUGUCUUGACGAGUUAGUGGAGAUUAUGAAGUGUAAGGAAGAUUUAGGUCCAACGGUGAUGCCAGUUUUCUAUGAAGUGGAUCCAAGUGAUGUCAAGAAGCAGGCCGGUGAGUUUGGGAAAGUCUUCAAAAAAACUUGUAAAGGUAAAACAAAUAAGGUUACUAGGAAAUGGAGUGAAGCUCUAGCAAAAGUGGCCACCCUCGCUGGUUACCAUUCUAAUAACUGGGAUAAUGAUGCAAAAAUGAUCGAAGAUGUUGCCACUGAUGUCGCAAACAAGUUGUUUAACUCCACGCCGCCAAGAUAUUUCGACGAAUUCAUUGGGAUGGAAGCUCAUAUGAACAAGAUUUCGCCUGUUUUACGCACAGAUUUGGAUGAAGUGAGGAUGAUAGGGAUUUGGGGGCCGGCUGGGAUUGGCAAGACCACCAUUGCUAGGUGUCUGUUCAAUCAACUAUCCCAUUCGUUUCAAUACAGUGUCUUUCUGAUGAAUGUCAAAGCAAUGUAUACGCCACCGAUUUGUUCAGACGACCACAAUGUGAAGUUGCUUUUCCAGCAAAAGUUUUUGUCUCAAAUACUCAACCAAAAAGAAGAUUUCGAGAUUUCUCACUUGGGAGUUGCACAAGAAAGACUGAGUGAUAAGAAAGUUCUUGUUGUUCUUGAUAACGUUGACCGGUUAGUACAACUAGAAGCCAUGGCCAAAGAAACUGGGUGGUUUGGUCAUGGAAGUCGAAUUAUCAUUACGACGCAAGAUCGAAAGAUUCUGAAGGCACAUGGGAUCACUCAUAUAUACAAGGUUGAUUUUCCGUCAGAUCGUGAGGCUAUUCAGAUGUUUUGUAUGUAUGCUUUUGGUCAAAAGUCCCCUGAAGAUGGUUUUGAGAACCUUGUAUGGGCAGUUACAAGACUCGUCGGUAAACUCCCUUUGGGACUAAGGGUUAUGGGAUCUCAUUUUCGUGGAAUGGCCAAGCAGGAGGGGGAGAAUGAACUACCAGAGCUAUGGAGAUGCCUUGAUGGAGAAAUUGAGAGCAUUUUGAUGUUCAGUUAUAACGCAUUAUCUCAAGAAAAUAAAGAUUUGUUUCUUCAUAUAGCCUGCAUUUUCAACCUUGAAAGUAUAGAGAGAAUGGUAGAGUAUCUUUCAAAGAUAUUUCCUGAUGUGAGGCAACGGCUUAACGUCUUAGCUGAGAAGUCUUUCAUAUCUUUGGAAAGUGAACUCGUGAGUAUGCAUGAUCUGCUAGUCCAGCUGGGUAGAGACAUUGUCCGCAAACAGUCCAGUGAACCUGGACAACGCCAGUUUCUGGUCGAUAAAAGAGAGACUUGUGAAGUACUUUCUGAUGAUGCAGCGGGUAGUGGAAAUGUUAUUGGCAUAAAGUUUGAUGGAGACGAAAUAAAUGUGAGUGAGAGAGCCUUUGAAGGAAUGUCUAAUCUCCAGUUCUUAAGACUCGGACCGGAAAUUGAUAAUGGAGGAGAUGCAUUUCAUCUAUUUGGUGGACAAAGCUAUUUAUCUCGUAAACUUAGAUUACUAAAUUGGAGCUAUUUUCCGCUGACAUGUUUGCACUGUAUUCCCAAGCCAGAGCUCCUCGUGGAACUAAUCAUGCCUGACAGCAAACUUGAGAGGUUGUGGGAAAGAACAAAACCGCUUAGCAAUCUCAAGUGGGUUGAUUUGGCGCAUUCAAAAAACUUGAAGGAUGUUUUUAGUCUCUCAACUGCCACUAGUCUACAGGAAUUAAAUCUCAGAGGAUGUUCAAGUUUAGUGGAGCUUCCCUCUUCUAUUGGAAAUGCCAUUCAUCUCAAGAAGUUGAAUCUCACUGGAUGUUCAAGUUUGUUAGAGCUUCCUUCCUCUAUUGGGAAUGCAACUAAUCUCCAGUUUCUAUCUCUUAGUAAUUGUUCAAGUUUAGUGGAGCUCCCCUCUUCUAUUGGGAAUGCCAUAGGGAACCUAGAGCAUUUGUAUUUUAGUGAUUGCUCAAGUUUAGUGGGAGUCCCUUCCUCUAUUGGAAAUGCAACUAAUCUCAGGAAUUUGGAUUUUAGCAGAUGCUCAAGUCUUGUGGAGCUUCCUGCCUCUAUUGGAAACCUCCAAAAACUAGACUCUUUGAUUUUGAGAGAAUGUUGCAAGCUGGAGGCUCUUCCUGUCAACAUCAUCUUUAAAUCUCUGAUGAGACUUGAUCUCACUGAUUGCUCCUUGAUGAAAAGUUUUCCUGAGAUCUCGACAAACAUCAAAUAUAUGCAUCUCGCUGGAACUGCGAUUAAAGAAGUGCCUUCAUCGAUCAGGUUGUGGCCUCGUCUUGAUGUCUUGCAUAUGUCAUACAACGAGAAACUCAAGGAGUUCCCUCAUGUUCUUGACAUCAUGACAGAUUUAGUCAUGAGCAACACAGAAAUACAAGAGAUUUCACCAUGGAUAGAGAGAAGCUCUCGUCUUGAUCGACUUGUACUCACAGGAUGCAAACAGCUUUUGUCACUCCCACAGCUUCCAAGUUCAUUAUCACAGUUAGACGCAGAAGAUUGUGAGUCUCUGGAGAGACUAGACUGCUCCUUUCUUAAUCAAAAGAUUGAUCACAACUUCGCCAAAUGCUUCAAACUGAAUAAAGAAGCGAGAGAUGUCAUCAUCAAGUCAUCGACUAAUAAAGUAACGUUCUUACCCGGUAAAGAAAUGCCUAACUACUUCAAUUAUCAAGCUAAUGGAGGUUCCCUAGUAAUGAAGUUGAAUGAGAGGCCUUCAUCUUCAUCAAUGAUAUGGAAGGCUUGCAUCUUGCUAGUCCGUAAAGAUGAGGUUGAAGCUGGUAUAGGACAAAUGGUGUAUGUACAUCAUGGGAUCAAACAGAAUAGCCUCGAUGUACCGUGCAGUCCAAGAAACCACACUCUGUUUCGUCCUUUAACGGAACAUCUCUACAUCUUUGAAUUCGAAGCAGACGUGACUUCAGACGAACUUUGCUUUGAGUUCAGGGUCAACAAAGAAGAAUGGAUGAUAAAAGAAUGUGGAGUGCAUUACGUUAAAUACCAGUUGAUGGGUUGAUACAUAGAUGCAAUGUUGAAUUUUUGUAUAAUAUUAUCAAUCAUUAUCAUAAUCAUUACGAAUAGUUGUGGUGGGUUAUACCUUACGAAUAAACAAGGAACCAAGUCUCUCAUACAUUUAGGUUCUCUUUCUAACUCUGCAACUGGCUUGCCAGGAGGCGGAAGCGUGGAAGAUGGCGCAAAUAGUUGAGACUAAUUUUGCUGCAGAGGAGAGGAGUCCGGUGAUAGCUUCAGUAACCGAGGAUGCAAACGGG